AAGGGGAAGCUACUCCUGCUGAUGACGGAAGGAGUAAAGCGAUAAGACAGGUGGGUGGACACCUUCCUGGUACAAGGCUCUGUGCUGAGAGAAGUGUUCCAAGAUGACGCAGUGGACUUAUUAUCACCCAGUUGUAUUUACUUUGACAUUCUUUAGUUACGCGUGUUUUCACGCUGCGCGAAAGACGUUCAGCAAUGUCAAAAGUACUAUGGCAGCUGAGUGGACGCCCCAGCCGGAGAACGUGUCCAUCACCCAUUCUGCUUUCCGAACACCAGCAUCGUUGUGGGACGGUCGCACAAUGUUUUCGACUAACGAUGAUGCAGAAGAGUUCAUGGGAGUGCUUGAUGCAUCUUUUAUGUUUGCCUACGCUGUUGGUUUGUACCUCAGCGGUUUCAUAGCCGAUAGGCACGAUUUGCGGUUGGUCUUGGGUUCCGGGAUGUGUCUCACAGCUGUCACUGUCUUCGUGUUUGGCCCGUUAUUUGAGUGGACACACUUCUACUCCAAGCCAGCCUACCUCAUAGUUUGGAUCUUAAAUGGACUGCUUCAGUCUACCGGUUGGCCAUCGGUAGUAGCCGUCAUGGGUAACUGGUUUGGUAAAGGCAGUCGUGGAUUUAUUUUGGGCUUAUGGAGCGCAUGUGCAUCCGUCGGCAAUAUCCUUGGGGCGUUGAUGGUGUCAGCAGUGUUGGAUUAUGGCUACGAGUACGCCUUCCUGCUAACAUCAGGCCUUCUUCUCGCAAUGGGGCUGAUAAUUUUUGUUGGACUUGUUCCAUCACCACGAGAUGUUGGACUACCAAUGCCAGACGGUGAUGAGUCAGGGGAAAGCAUUCAGAGAAAAGAUGUUGACAGUCUGAAAAAGCCACUGCUUUGUGCAUCAGAAAAUGACGAUGAUGAGACUGUAACCAAGGAACCAGUAAUUUAUGAUAUACAAGAUACCAAGCCAAAAGCUAUUGGCUUUUUUCGGGCUUUUCUGCUUCCUGGUGUAAUUCCAUACUCCCUGUCAUAUGCAUGCCUAAAACUUGUUAACUACUGCUUCUUUUUUUGGCUUCCCUUUUACUUAUCUAAUGCAUAUAAUCUGAAAGAAAUUGUUGCAGAUGAGCUGUCAAUCUGGUAUGACAUUGGUGGUAUAAUUGGGGGUACCAUAGCUGGAUUUAUUUCUGACAGAUUUCAAAAACGUGCCAUCGUUGUCAUUCCUAUGCUUGUUUUGGCCAUGCCAGUUCUCUUUAUUUAUGGCUUGACAACAUUAGCAGGCACAAUAAUAAAAAAUGCCGUCAUCUUGUUUUGGCUUGGAAGCAUGAUUGGCGGUGUAGCUAAUCUUAUUAGUGCUGCCAUUUCUGCUGAUCUCGGACGGCAGAAGGCACUGCAAAGAAACAGAGAGGCUUUGUCAACAGUGACAGGUAUUGUGGAUGGUACUGGAAGUCUGGGAGCGGCGCUGGGGCAAGUUGCAUUGCCGUAUCUUGAGGUCGCCUACAGCUGGCACACGGUCUUCUACCUCUUCAUGGUCAUGACAUUUUUAACUGCUCUCUGUAUCGCUCCCAUCUUCAUCCGAGAAGCUUAUGAGAUGUGCAAAUGCAAAUACUCUGCUUGUCUGAAGUGCACACGUCAUGAGGAAGAAAUGACUGGCAUCCAAGACUGUGAAAACUGAAUGCAUGGUAUGUCAUGAGUUUCAGCUUUCAAGAUUGACCUGGCUUGUCUUGUUGCUACCUGAUGCUGAUAGUCUUUAAAUAUUUCGAAAGAAUUUUAUGCUAUAUAACCGCUCUUCUUUUCUCAAACAGACUGGCAGUCUAGAUUUAUAUAACCUAUAACAGCACUGUGUUGUCUUCAGAAUGUACGUUGUCAUGGGCACCAGAGUAAAUGUUUUAUUGAGCUUUAUCAUGCCAUAUUGGCUGCUUUCACAGUCAUGUGGAGCUUAUACCAUUUGAUAUUAGUAAAUGUGAUGUGUUCAGAAAUGUAUAAAUCCUUAAAUGAUGUGCUCAUUUUUGUGCAGACACACACAUACACACGCUUGCAUGCCCUUGAAUGUGUGUAUUUGUAAGAGAUUAAAAACACUUCUCCUGCUCUGUGAUAUUUACUACAGAACUCAAUUCUGGAAAGAGGACAAUGGUAUAUUCUGAAUGAAACAUGCUUGAAACAAAAAGCAAAUGAUGCUUAGUGAAGAUGUUAUUUACAAAAAGCUAGAUGUUAUUGUAAAAAACUCAUAUCCACUUUUGUCCUUGAGGGCAAAAUGUGCUUAAACACUGAGGUGUCAAAUGUGAACUGUAUUGCGUUAUAGAAGGUUCUGGAUAAGUUAAAUCUUAAAUAUUAUUGACAAUGUCAAAUCUUCACUGUAUUUGAAGAUCUGAAUGUAAAGUCAAGAAAUUCUUUUUCCAAAAUAUUUGUUUUGAUUUAUAUUUUUACACCCUUUGAUGUGAAAAGCUUUUGAUGGGAAUGAUUUAUAUUUCCUGCGAAGAAGAUUCUUAUAAGGCAUGUUUACAUUAUCAGAAUUUCACUGCUAUCUUAAUAUUGAAAGAGUAAAUUAUUGAUGCAAUUGUU